UUACAUUAUUGUUUGCACUCCUCAUCUUUUUAUCUCUAGUGUUUGUUAAGGAUGGAGAAGAUGAACACUUUCAACAACAUGAGCAACUACACCCAAAAAGACACUGAAAGCAUAGUUGUUGAUGAUGAUCAAGAAGAAGCUGCACUGCCUGGGUUUCGAUUCCAUCCGACCGACGAAGAACUUGUCGGGUUUUAUCUUCGUCGAAAGGUCGAUAAGAAACCGACUAGUAUUGAGCUCAUCAAACAAAUUGAUAUCUACAAGUUUGAUCCAUGGGAUCUCCCAAGGCCUAACACCGUUGGGGAAAAGGAAGGCUACUUCUUUUGCAAGAGAGGAAGAAAGUACAGGAACAGCAUAAGACCAAAUAGAGUGACUGGGUCUGGAUUCUGGAAAGCGACCGGCAUUGACAAGCCUGUGCAUUCUAAUGGUAAUGGAGGAGACUGUAUUGGCCUCAAGAAGACUUUGGUUUACUACCGCGGAAGUGCCGGAAAAGGCACAAAAACCGACUGGAUGAUGCACGAGUUCCGCCUUCCGGCCAAUUCGAACCCCAAAUCUUCCCUUCCAGAAGCUGAAGUAUGGACAUUGUGUAGGAUUUUCAAGAGGAAUUUGACACACAGAAAAUACACUUCAGAUUGGAGAGAAUUAUCCACCAAACGCAGCCCAAUCAACAGAAGCUCCAAGACUACUACUACUACUACAUGCAACAGUAGUAGUAUUAAUGUAGAAUCUACAUUUAGUAAUACCAGAGAAUGUUAUCUCAGCUUUGGCACUCCACUUCUUCUUCAACAAGAUCAUGACCAGAAGAGUGCUGUUAUAUUUGAUCAUGAUAUUACGAGCGCAACGGCGAGGAGGAAUGCUGCUAAUCCAUUGAGUUCCUCCAUUAAUGCUGCUCAUCAAGCUCCUCCAUAUAUGGCAUCAUCAUCUUCAAACAAUAUUUGGAAUAAUAAUCCAUACCAUGAGGAUAUGAAUAAUGUUGACUUGUUUUCAUAUGGAGAGGUUGAUGUGGAAGAGCUUAGAUCAGUCAUGGAGUUUGCUUGUAGUCAUCCCUAGCUAGCUCGCUUGGUCCCUUUUUGUAUAUAUUUAUUAGUUCUUGUGUGGUUUUGGUUUGUAAUUGAUAAUCAACUUGAAUAUUAUAGUCCACUUUUUUCUGCUCCAUAUGGAAUUGAUGAUCAUAUCUUUGUGUUGAUUACA